GCAGUGACGACAAUAACAAAACACAGCAGAAGAAGCGUUAGCGAGACCCAGCGACACAAAAACUCGAUGACAGAACUCAUAUCUCAUUACCAACCAUUCUAAACGAUAUUUAAUAAAAGAUAUACUACGUGUGAGUUGAUUCUGGAUGGAUUUGUGCGUUUUAGGGGAUUUUAAAACAAAGGCCUCUGUUCGGAGUGAUGAGCAUUAGCCUGUUAGCACGACGGCUUCAACCUCUAGCUGACAGAAACCGUCACAUUUCAGCCAAAAACAACCAAAUAUUUCGCUUUUAUGCCCAGAAUGGACUGAAGAACGCUCAGACAGCUAUAAUUGACUAGAUGAACAACUCAAGCUGGAGUCAAACUCAGCGGAGAAUUCAACAUGAAGUUGUAUGUGUUUCAAGUCAACAAUGGAAGCACAUUAACAUUUGACACUGAACUUGCCGUCCAAACUGUUUUGGACCUUAAACAUGCCAUUCAGGCCAAAUAUAAGAUUGCGAUCCAGCACCAGGUGCUGGUGGUCAAUGGAGGUGAAUGUAUGGUGGCAGAGAGGCGCGUGUGCAGCUACAGCGCUGGGACGGAGACCAACCCAAUUUUCUUGUUCAACAAAGAGAUGAUCCUGUGCGACCGAGCUCCAACCAUCCCAAAAACAACCUUCUCCAUAGAGAAUGAGAUGGAGCUGAAGGUGGAGGAGUCGCUCAUGAUGCCCGCUGUCUUUCACACAGUCGCCUCCCGUACACAGCUGGCUUUGGAAAUGCAAGAGGUUGCCAAGAAGCUUUGCUCCUUUUGUGAGCGACUGGUCCAUGACGAGCACCUUCAGCAUCAGGGAUGGGCGGCCAUCAUGGCUAACCUGGAUGACUGCACCCUGUCCUACCAGAAACUGCUUCUAAAGUUCGACACUGCAUAUACAAAUUACCAACAGGACUUUGAGGACAUCAAAUUAAAACUCACCAAACUCGGCACUGCUGUCUCAGUCAUGGCCAAGAUUCCUCUCCUUGAUUGUUUGACUCAGCCCAGCUACAGAGAAAGCUUGGAGAAAUCCAGCACCCCGAAUCCGAGAACCACAGACGAAGAAGAUGGAGAAACGUCCACCCGGUCCGCUAUACUUUGCCCUGGCGACGGGCAGAAGAAUGGAAAACCACUCUCUGCAUCAGGAGAGAUGUCGUCCCAGGCGUCAUCGUCUCCUCAAGACAGAUUAAAGAGCAGCCUGAUAGCAGCACAACAGGAAGAGGAGGAGUCUCCGGAAAGGGGAGCCACGCCCUUUGUCAAUGUCACGCUGUUGGAUUGGAUCAACGUGCAGGACAGACCCAAUGAUGUUGAGUCGGUAGUUAGAAAAUGUUUUGACUCGAUCAACAGGCUUGAUUCACGAAUUAUCCAGCCGUUUCUAUCUGAAUGCCGUGAGACCAUUACCAAACUGGAUAAUCAGAACAUGAAGGCCAUCAAAGGUCUGGAGGACAGAUUGUAUGCACUUGACCAAAUGAUAGCAAGUUGUAAUAAGUUGGUCAACGAGCAGAAGGAACUUGCUCAGGGAUUUCAUGCCAAUCAGAAGAGGGCAGAAAACCUGAAGGACACCUCAGUUCUGCCCGAUCUGUGUCUGAGUCACGCCAACCAGCUGAUGAUCAUGUUGACCAAUCACAGGAAGCUGUUAGACAUCAAGCAGAAGUGUACCACUGCCAAACAGGAGCUCGCCAACAACCUUCAAGUUCGUCUCAAAUGGUGCUGCUACGUGAUGCUUCACGCCGAUCAGGACGGAGAGAAGCUUCAGGCUCUUCUGAGGCUUCUGACGGAGCUGCUGGAGCGAGUGAGGGUGGUGGAGGCCCUCAGUACCGUUCCUCAGAUGUACUGUCUCGCUGUGGUGGAGGUGGUCAGGCGCAAAAUGUUCAUAGGACACUACAGACAGUGGGCGAAUGCUCUUGUCAAAGACGGAAAAAACCUCUAUGAGGCAGAAAAGGCAAAAAGGGAAACCUUCGGAAAGCUUUUCAGGAAAUCCUUUCUUAGAAAUCGGUUGUUUCGUGGGUUAGAUUCAUGGCCAUCCUCUUCAUUUUGUACCCGAAAGCCUCGAAAGUUUGACUUUGAGCUUCCAGACAUUUCCCUGAGUGACCUGCAGUAUCUCAAGUCCUGUUGUCCUUCCGAAGUUCAGCCUUACCUCAGGGUCCCAACACUGUGUGACUUUAAGCCGCUGAACCACCAUGUGGAGGUUCUCCAUCAGCUGGUUCAGGCCGCUCAGAGUGUGGAUGAGAUGUCACGAACUAUCACAGAUCUACUCAAUGAACAAAAGGUGUCCUGGAGCCAGAAUGCUCAAAGAUCAAAUGUGUUAACACCCAGAUCUGAAAGCACAGCUCAAACCACCUCUACCUCCACCAAAACAUUGACCACUCUGAGUCUAAAAGCACCAGACUGCCAGCCCCUGUCUCUUCCCGCUCCAUUGGAGGAUCUAUCACCAGACAGCAUAGAUGCACAGACCUUUGAUUUUGAAACCAUCGGGCACCCCAACAUGGAUCCUGUAUUACAUCAAGGCUCUUUGGACUUGGACUCAUUGGCAGAAAGUCCAGAGUCAGAUUUCAUGUCGGCGGUCAAUGAAUUUGUUAUAGAGGAGAAUUUGAUGUCACCUAAUCCUAUCAGUGAUCCCACAAGCCCCGAGAUGAUGGUGGAAUCUCUUUAUUCUUCCGUCAUAAAUGCAAUCGACAGCAAGCGUAUCCAAGACACUACAACGCUCGAGAAGGAAAACUCAAAGAUCGCAGCGCUCAAGCUGUCCGCGGACAGGUACCAGUCCGCUGCGGAAGAGUCCCAAAACAAUCUGAGGAAAGUCAAAGAAGAUCUGUACCACUUUCGAGGUCUUGUUUUGAAGGAACAGCGAGACUUCGGAUUUUCCCUAAAAACAACGACCAUCGAGGUCCGGAAUAUUCUCAACAGCAUCAGAUACCGUCAUGAGGAGGAGCUAAGAGAAACGCAACAAGCCAAUCUCCAAAGUCUGAAGGACGAUCAUGAGAAACAGUUGCUAACUCUCACGGAAGAGCUGGAGUGCAAUCGAAAAAUCGUCAGAGACGUCCAGAGAGCAAUGCUGGAACUCGAGGGACUUGUGGAGCGCAAGGAGAAGGAAAUAUCCCAGCUGGAGAGCGAGAGGGAACGGUCCGUGCAAGAGCUGCAGAACCUUCACAAACGAACCGUGCGAGACCUUGAGGAGAAGAUCGUAAAGCAAAGCGAAGAGCUGAAGGCUGUGUUGUUGUCGAAAGAUGAACUUGCUGGGCAACUGGAGAACCUUCAUAUCGAGAUUGAGCGAGGCCAACAGAGAAUCAAACAGGAGAUGGAAAACGCCGAGAAGAUCCGCCUUCAAGAGCUGGAGGAUCAGUUGAACCAACAACACGUAGCGGAGCUGGAAUCUGUCCGACGGGACAAACAAAGUGCCCUUGACGUCCUUGCCCAGGAGAACCUUGUAAAGCUAAAAGAGCUGAUGGAUUCUCACUCGGCCAAACUCAAGGAAUGUGAGGGACGCUUGAAAGAUCUAGAGGCCCGUGUCGCGGAACUUGGAGAUGCCCGCUGCAAACUAGAAGUGGAGUUGGCGCUUAAGGACGCCGAGAUCGAGGAUGUGAGACUGCAGUACGAGGAGGCCAGAAGUUCCAACGAGGAGGUGUUGAAAGCAGAGAUGACUGCUCAAACGGCCGCCCUGCAGACGCAGACGGACACGCUGAACCAGCAGCUCCAGCAGAAGAACGAGGAGUACGAGGUGGGCCUGGCCGAGCUUCGAGCGCUCAUGAGGUUGGAGAAAGACCACUGCAUCUCUGAACUGGUGGAUCGGCACGAGGAGGAGAGCACGUUGCUCCGCCACGAGUUUUCCGCACUCAAACAGAAGUCACAGGAUGCGGAGAAGGACUGUGAGGAACGGGUUCAAAAGAUCCACCAGGACUUUGAGAGCCAGCUUCAUGCCUUGCGGAAGGUAAAGGAGGAUGAGCUGAAGGCUUUCCAAGUGAAAGAACAAGAUCUGAGGAGUGUUGUCGGGGACCUGCAGGCUGAGAACACACUGCUUUCUGGAAGACUGGAGCAGGAGAGGACGGAGGCCCAGCAGAGGGCGGAGCGGCAGAAAGAGGAGGCGGUCCAGGCUGCAUUACAAGAGGCCUUAAGAGACUUUCGACUCCAAAAAGAGGAGAUUGAGAAAAGACUGUUAGGAAAAAUGGAACUACUUGAAAAUCAGCUUAGAGACAGACAAUCCACUGAGACAGUGGCAUCUUCUGUAGAGGUUGGUGUGGACGCCAGCAGUGAGUUCCCUCGGGACAGCGGCCAGUGGUCAGAGGAGAAGGCGUCUCUCUUGGCCAAACUAGAGCUCUUGGAACGCACAAAGAAUGAAGAGAUGCAGAACGUGAAGACCUCGCUUAUUGCUGAGCAGCAGACUAACUUCAACACUGUUCUGACACGAGAGAGGCUGAAGAAAGAGCAAAUCGUCUAUGAACUGACCGAGAAGCUCAACAACGUCAUGCAGCAACAAGAAAAGGAUAAAGGUCUGAUUGAGACACUUUCCGAGGACCGUGCCACCAUCCUGCAAGAGAAGAAACAGUUGGAGGAGGAGCUUAACCGCUUACGAAACACCGUCCUCGUGUCUUCAUCCUACUUUCCGCCCAAUCCCACCCCCAUCGUCACAGAGGCCCACGGCGCCUGUGGCCCCGCCCAUGCGGACGUCCUCUCUCCCUCCGUCCCUGACUCGGAGAGGCUGGCGUCCAUGGCUGCGUUUAAGGACGAGGAGCGGGUGGAGUCAGCCGUGGAGGCCAGCAUGAUGACAGUGCAGGACAACCCUAUGCUAUCUGAAGAAAAACAGCGCAUUCUGAUUUUGGAAAGGACCUUACAUAUGAAGGAGGAGGAGAACAAAAGACUUAGUCAAAGACUGAUGUCACAGAGUAUGUCGUCCGUAUCAUCGAGGCACUCUGAGAAAAUCGCCAUCCGAGAUUUUCAGGUGGGCGACUUGGUUCUCAUCAUUCUGGACGAGAGGCACGAUAAUUAUGUUCUCUUUACUGUUGGACCCACCCUUUAUUUCCUGCAUUCAGAGUCGCUCACAGCCCUGGACCUCAAGCCAGCGACAGGAGCCACACGGCGGCCGUGGGUUUUAGGAAAAGUCAUGGAGAAGGAAUAUUGCCAAGCCAAAAAGGCCCAAAACCGGUUCAAAGUUCCUCUUGGCACCAAAUUCUACAGAGUAAAAGCCGUACCGUGGAACAAGAAAGUGUAAUCUUGUAAACGUAUCAUAUUGUAAUGAGCUCGCUCUGUUUUUAGUGUUUUUAUUUAACAGACUCGCUCAUCCUUAAUUGUUUUGUCAAUAUCAUCCCCUUAUUGUUUUGCCUCUGGCGCAGCCCAUUUUAUCUCAUUUUUUUACACGCAGAGGAUUUGUAAAUGUGGACCAAAUAAUAAUAACUUUAUUGGGGCUUUGCCCUGCCUAUGAUGGCUCCAGAGCCGGUGCAAGAAGUCUGUAAAACCUAAAACAAAACAUAUUUGGAUGUAACAUAUUAGUUCAUCAUCUUUAUGAAUAUUAUGGGGGGGAGCACUAUCACGAUCAGCUUAAUUACUUCAGAAGGUUAUGAAAAUAUACAGUUAAUGUAAAUGUUACCAGAGGAAUGGUUAUGGCAUGCAUAUAGAUAUAUUUUCUUUAAUUUACUCGACUGGAUAUGCGUUGUAGUCGGAGAAAUGGGAGUUAAACACUGCUGAUUGUUACUCACAGUAUGACCCGCCUGUCUAUCAUGACGUAUGUUUGGACACAUCUCGCAAUCCUUCAGAUGCACUUUCAGAAAAGAAAGAGAAAAACAAGCGCCGGAAGAAAAGCAGCACAUAUCUUCUCUCUGUCGUAGGAUGUUGAGCUAUAGAAAGUAAUAUUUCAUGUUUGUGAAUGUGUGUCUUUAUUGAAUUUAACAACGACAUUGUAUAUUAUCCAUCAAAUCACACCAAGUAACAACAACAUGACUGUAUUGUAAAAGAAUUCAGAGUUUUCAAAACAAUAAAGGUUUGAACCCAAACUCCUGGCUGUCAAUUGCAUUCCACAAUCCACACGUCUGCCGUCCACUGGGGAAGUGUUCGCUUGCUCAAAUAAAAUAAAACCGU